CGGACUUAACCUUCUCCAACCUCCGCCUCACCGCCUAUCUCACCGCACACGUGACCCCUUUCCCUUAUCACCAACUAUCAACGGACGCUAAGCCACGUCUGGCAUAAAGGAGUUCUUUGCCCGCCGCGGCACAAGAGAAGGUUCAUUGCUGCUCCAGCUUCACCAGCUUCACUCUUAGGACGCUUACUCUCCAACACUUCACAGUCACUUAACACAGAAAUUCUUGGAUUGUUACUGACAACGGGUGGUCUAUCCUCCACUUGGCUUCAAGCACGACCCCAUUAUGAGUGUCAUUCUCUGUACUGCGGGGUAUGAUCAUACCAUACGCUUCUGGGAGGCUCUAUCUGGAAUCUGCUCUCGUACCAUCCAACAUCCCGACUCUCAAGUGAACCGUCUCUGUAUCACUCCCGACAAGCGCUUCCUAGCGGCUGCUGGUCAUAACAAUGUCAAACUCUACGACAUCAAAUCCACCAAUCCGAAUCCGGUCAUGACCUUCGAUGGACACACCAACAACAUCACUGGCGUCGCGUUUCACUGCGAGGGCAAGUGGAUGGUCACUAGCUCUGAAGAUGGUACGGUCAAGGUCUGGGACACUCGCACUGGCAGUCUUCAACGCAACUACGUUCACAAAGCUGCUGUCAACGACGUCGUCAUCCAUCCGAACCAGGGAGAACUCAUCAGCUGCGACCGCUCUGGUACGGUCCGCGUCUGGGAUCUUGGGGAGAGCGUUUGCACCCAUCAACUGAUCCCCGAGGAUGACGUUGCUAUUCAGAGUGUGAGUGUUGCAAGCGAUGGUUCUCUGCUCUGUGCAGGCAACAAAAAGGGCAAUGUCUACAUCUGGCGUAUGAUCCAGGAUACCGAAGUCACCCGCAUCAUGCCAAUUGCCAUGUUCCAAGCUCACAAAGAUUACCUGACUCGUCUUCUGCUAUCUCCUGAUGUCAAGCACCUGGCAACCUGCUCUGCCGACCACACCGCCAAGGUCUGGAACUUGGACCCUGAUUACCCUCCCGCGAGAGCUGCGGCUGCGGCUGCUGCCAAUUCCAAGGCCAAUACUGCCAACGGAGUCCAAGCAAAUGGCAACGGUGACACGACUCCAACAAAAGAGAAGCCGGAGUCGACGGAAGACGGAGACGCCACUGCAAGCUCCCACGAAGCGAACAAUGCGAGCGACUUCAGCAUGUUUGCGUCUGCGUUCGGUACGCCCAGCACUGCCGGCGAACAGCCCAUGCCAAGUUUCCCUGUUCAACCGGACGGUCCUCCAAUGGACCCCGCUACCGGUACGCUAUACCUCGAGACCACGCUGGCUAACCACCAGCGCUGGGUGUGGGACUGCGCGUUUUCGGCCGACUCGGCCUACCUGGUCACAGUCUGCAGUGACCACUACGCGCGCCUCUGGGAGCUGGCCUCGGGCCAGAUCAUCCGUCAGUACAGCGGACACCACCGCGGUGCGGUGUGUGUCGCGCUGAACGACUACUCGGAGCCUCGUUAAAGAGGUUUCUGCAGUGGGCGCGAUGGUUCGGCCAUUGGUUGGGCUCCCACGAGCGUAUGGUGGGAUCCGUUGUCUGGCGGGGUUGGUUUUUCUCUCUUCGACUACGAGCAUGGCGCAUGGGUGAAGGGGGGCGCUGGGCGGUUUUCUGGGACGGAGUCAGGGCGUUUUUGAUUUCUUCUUUUUUUCCCCUUUCUGCAUUUGCAUGGGCCAUCCUCCGGGAGGAUGUCUCGAACGGACAAUGAAAUCUUGGACCACUUCAAACCCGUACCUUCUUUCCUUUCUCCUCUAGGGCCCCUAGCACUGACGAAAUAAUCGUAUCUGGCUGUAGGUAGCUACGCUGCAAAUUAUGUAGUUAUAUAUAUAUAUAUAUAUAUAUAGCAUAUGUGGACGAUGAUAUGACGAGAUAGCAG